GAUUAAACAUCAAUACUCAAACAAAAAAAUUUCGUAAACUUCGAGAUCUAAGAAUCAAACUUGUGAUCAUGUCUCACAUAGCGAAGGGUACUAUUCGUCAAAUAAAAAAUUACACAAAAGGUUAUUCAGACAUCCAAGCGAAAGUACGAUCGGCUACUUCGAAUGAUCCAUGGGGCCCUAGUGGUACGGUGAUGAAUGAAAUUGCACAGGCCACUAAUUCCCACGAUGCUUUCUUAGAAAUCAUGGAGAUAAUUGAUAAAAGAUUAAAUGACCAUGGCAAAAAUUGGAGACACGUAUUUAAAGCUCUUACACUUUUGGAUUAUUGCCUUCACAUGGGUUCUCAAGAUGUUGUAACGUAUGCAAAGAAAAAUAUAUAUGUAGUAAAAACUUUACGAGAGUUUCAAUACAUAGAUGAUGAUGGAAAAGACCAAGGGGCUAACGUUCGACAGAAGGCAAAAGAAAUUACCAAUCUACUCCUGGAUGAUGAUCGUUUAAAUAACGAGAGGCGUCAACGAAAUGAUAUGAGAAAUCGAAUGAUGGGACGAUCCGAUACAUAUCCUGGGACUAUAGAUCGAAGCUUAUCCAGUACACCUACGUAUGAUAAUUCUAUUUUCCCAGAGGAAGAAGAUGCGGACAUGAAGAGAGCAAUGGAAGAAAGUUUAAGGACUUUAAAAAAUGAAGCGGACAAGAAGAAUAAACCUCCUAGUAAUCAAUUUUCUCAACAAACCGAUUUAUUUGGAAAUCCAAUAAGCUCGGCAAACCCUCAGUAUGGUGUUCCAUAUAUUGGGACUCCUAAUACUAUUAACUUAAUUGAUCAACAACAGAGCAAUUUCAAUAAUCAGUCGCAAUACUUAAAUCAUGCUUCGCCCUUUGGAAGUUUAGCAACAAGUAAUUUGAGUUCACCGAAUUUAUCUACUGUGCCAACGAUAGAUUCUGUAUUUAACCCUAGUAACAAACAGCCUGUCAAACCGCAAGACGAGAAGCACCCAGAAUUAGCCUCUCUGAUUGGUAAUAGAGGUAACGGUAUGGACACUUUUGGUAACGUAGGUGAUCUUCGCGUUCCAACUGGUUCUGGGUUUGCAAACAGUGGCAGUUUAACUGUUCAGCCUCCGAGAAGAUCCAAUUCGGUUGGUAAUCUAUCAGACUCGGCAAAUCAAGUAAAUCCCUUCCUUUCUACUGGCAAUAUUGGAACGUACAAUACACUUCCUAGCACAUUUGGAACUCAAACAGCUAGAUCUACUAAUGAUCUAUUCUCUACUAGUAAUACAUUCAGUUCGAGUGUUGUUCCGUCUACAUCUUCAUUUUCAACGACGUCUUAUACCACUACUAGCAAUAGUCUUAUUGACCUUGACGGAGGAGGUUUUUCUAGUCAACUGAGUAAGAAUCCAUUCCAAACAGUGCCCAGUACUAACACUAUAAGUAAUAUCAAUAAGCCGAAAUCUCUUAAUGAUCUUGGAAGGGAAAAUCAAUAUGCUCAAUCUCAAACAUUAAAUAUGUUUGGUCAACCAACUCAGGGGUCGAAUGGCGGAUUUUUAUUGUGA